CCCUUGUGUUGGAUCUUCCUUUUGUUUUUUACCAGAAGCAUAUUCAUAAUUCCCCAUGAGAGAGAAUUCUUACCUCCAUUUCUAUUUGGCAAUGGCACUCUUACCAAACAAAAAGAAGAACUUCUGCUUCUGCUUCUCAGCUUUCUUCAAAAAUCAUACCUUUCCCUUUUGACUCCAAUUCAAACUCCUCAACACAAACCCCAUUUCUAAAAACCCCAAAACCCCCCUUUUUCCCAGACACCAUUCUUGAAAUUUCCCCACUUUUUCUCCCUUUUCCCUCUCCUUAAACAUGUAUGCAUUUGUCAUGCAGCUUUUGUUCAAACAUUCAAACAAAAUGUGCUAUCCUGCUUAAACACUAGAGCUUCAAUUCAAAUUGGGGAAAAAAAUUUAAAAAUUAAAAAUCCAAUCUUGAAAUGGAGAAUUAUGCUCUGCAUUUCAUCGUCGGAGCCUUGCUUCUGCUCUCGGAAUUUCAAGAAAUUGUAGCUGAAACAGUUCUCGACGGCGACAAGCAGGCAUUGCUCGAUUUCGCCGGCAAUAUCCAUCUCUCCCGCCGCCCUUUGAACUGGGGUGUUCAGAGCUCAGUGUGCAAGAAUUGGACUGGAAUUGGGUGCAGCGAAGAUGGAAGCAGAGUGAUAUCACUGCGGCUGCCGGGAAUCGGCAUCCACGGCCCUAUUCCGGCGAACACGCUCAGCCUCAGCCGCCUCUCGGUGCUGCAGAUCUUGAGCCUCCGGGCAAAUGGGAUUAAUGGGACUUUCCCUCUCGAUUUGGGUAAUCUAAAAAACUUAUCUUUUUUGUAUCUCCAGCACAACAAUUUCUGGGGCCCUUUGCCCUUGGAGUUCUCUCUCUGGAGGAACUUAACCAUUGUGAAUUUGUCUGAUAAUGGGUUUAAUGGUAGCAUCCCUAGCUCAAUAUCUGGUUUGAGUCGUCUCGUGGCCUUGAAUCUUGCUAGCAAUUCGCUCUCCGGUGAGGUUCCUGAUUUGGAUUUGCCGAAUUUGCAGCUGCUUAACUUGUCUUACAAUGAUCUUAGUGGUAGUGUGCCUAGAUCACUCCAGAGGUUUCCAAAGUCUGUGUUUUUAGGCAAUAGUGAAUCACUGUUGGAUUACAAUGUUAGCGUUGUCUUAGCUCCUCCUCACGAGGAGCAUCGUUCGAGGGGUGGUGGAAAUGCCGGGAAGCUUAGUGAAAAGGCCUUGCUUGGGAUAGUUGUGGCUUGUUCUGUAUUGGGGGUUCUUGGUUUUGGCUUUGUGUUGCUUGUUUGCAUUCUUAGGAGGAAGACGGUGGAUGGUUUCCCCGGGGAGUUGGUGAAAGGGAACAUGUCACCGGAGAAGGCAAUCUCCCGCGGCCAGGAUGCUAGUAAUAAGUUGGUUUUCUUUGAGGGGUGUAACUAUGCUUUUGAUUUGGAGGAUUUGCUGAGGGCUUCCGCUGAGGUGUUGGGGAAGGGUACGUUUGGGACGGCUUACAAGGCCAUCCUCGAGGACGCCACGAUGGUGGUGGUGAAGAGGUUGAAGGAUGUCAACGUGGGGAAGAGGGAGUUCGAGCAGCAAAUGAGCAUAAUUGGAAGCAUCAAGCACGAGAACGUGACUGAGCUGAGGGCUUACUAUUACUCCAAAGAUGAGAAGCUUAUGGUUUACGAUUACUUCAGUCAAGGCAGCGUAGCUUCGUUGCUACAUGGGAAGCCAGGAGAGAGCAAGACUCAUCUCGACUGGGAAACUCGGUUAAAGAUAGCCAUCGGUGCUGCAAAGGGCAUAGCGCGUAUCCACACAGAAAACAGCGGAAAACUAGUCCACGGGAACCUCAAAUCAUCAAACAUAUUCCUAAACCCUCAGCAGUUUGGCUGCGUGUCUGAUCUCGGCCUGUCAACGAUAAUGAGUGCACUCGCUCCACCAAUAGCCCGAGCAGCUGGUUACCGCGCGCCUGAGGUGACAGAUACGCGCAAGGCAGCGCAGCCUUGCGAUGUCUACAGCUUCGGGGUGAUCCUGCUCGAGCUUCUCACUGGAAAGUCCCCGGUCCACACCAGCAACGGGGACGAGAUGGUGCACUUGGUGCGUUGGGUCCAUUCCGUGGUGAGAGAGGAAUGGACAGCCGAAGUUUUUGAUGUGGAGCUGCUGAGGUAUCCGGAUAUAGACGAGGAGUUGGUGGAGAUGCUGCAGAUAGCAAUGGCUUGCGUUGCGAGAGCUGCUGAGCAGAGGCCUAAGAUGUCGGAGGUCGUGAAGAUGCUCGAGAGUGUUCGGGUGAAGCCUGAGAGCCGAGCACCGGGAGAUCCGGAACCUUCUUCGGGUGGUGUUUGAGAGGAUGUGGUGGUUGGUUCACUACCUUGGUGGCCAAAGUUGUGAGAGUUUUCUAAGUUUAAAUUAGUUUAAGAUUAGAUAAACUCUCUUUAUUUUUAUUUUUUUGGGUUGAUUUUGUAUGUAUUUGGUAUUAAAUCUUGAUUCUUACCCCAGUUAGGGCUUGUUAUGUACUCCCUUCGUUCCAUAGUAAUAGAGGCGUUUCGUUUUGAGCACUCA